AUGGCCAAGGGAGCCAAGGCGGAGGACGCGCCCGCGUCGAGCGCCGAGGUGCUGAGUGUGCCCAUUCUAGAGACCGUCAAGGCCGCGCAGCUGCAAAACGGAUUGCGUCAUCGCGACUUUCAGCGCUACCGCCAGUACUGCACGCGUCGCCUGCGUCGCAUCCGCAAUUUUCACAAGAAGGUGGACGUCGAGACGGCCACUGAGAAUCGUCUGCUAUACUUGCCAUUGUAUAAUGCUGAGCGUGCGUGGGGAUACGCAAUGCAGCUCAAGGAGGACGAUAUCUUGGACAAGUCUGAGAACGGCGAGGACGCCAACUCGCGCAUCAAGUUCCACUUGAAUGGACGUCUGCGCAAGGCAGCCGAGUGGAGUCAGCGACUCUCUGAGAUCUGCGCGGCUCGCGCCGAUGCGCGUACGAGUCUCGAGGCCGAGGCCUACGCCGCCUACAUGGCUGGUAACUUGGCCUUCCACCGAGAGGAGCACAUCGCGGCGCUCGAGAAGUUCGGCACGGCGCGCCGCAUCUACGCGGAUCUGUCGCAGGUGGGCACGUCUUCGCAGAAGGAGCUGUUCUCUGGCUCAGCCGACGAGCUGCUGCCGUUUAUUCGCUUCUGCGAGCACCGUCUGGCGCUCCAGGGACGCACGGCCAGCUCAGCCGAGACGUCGUCACUGGAGCUAGGCGAUGGCGCCAACAACUCGCUGCUGCAGUCCAAGAUCGACUUAGUGCUGCUAGAGGCGCGUAAACAGAAGGUGGCGAACCUCGGAUCUGUGGAAUGGAAGCAACAGCAGCUUACCGUGCCGACGCAAGAGCUGGGAAUGGCCUUGGUACGCACGACGGAGCUCGCUGCCAAGCUGGACGCUGCGCAGGACGAUAAAGCGCGUGAAAAUUGUUUCUUAGAGCUCUUGAGUGCGUACGAUGCACUGCUUCAAGCUCUGAAGAACGCUACGGCGAAGCUGGAACAACAGGCGAAGAGUGGCAGUGCGCUUGUGCACUCGGAUCUGGAGUUGUUGGCUGCGCUGGAAGAGUACGCGCGCUUCAAGAAACUGGCUAAGCAAGUGGAACGUCAGGCUGCAGUGUAUCGAACCCUCAAGAAGCGAUUCUCCGCGCAACAGGCAGGUGAGUUGACGCAUAUUCUAGACAUGUUGGUGCAGACUGUGGGCGAUAUCCUGUCGAUCCCUGGCAUCCGUGAACUGGAACAGCGUCGUGCUGCACAGUACAGUGCCUAUCACGCUGUCUUCCGUGCGUGUCGCGCGUCUACCGUCGCGCAGACAUAUCUGAAUCAGAAGAAGUUCGCAGAGGCCAUGGCGUUGUACCAGUACGCGUCCGGUUUCUUGACUGAAGCGGGGGAGAUCUUGACUGCUCAGCCUGCAGCUAAGGACGACGUGUUGCAGGAGCUCACACGUGAAUUGCACGAGGAACUUGCCGGUGCUGUGAGUCGCACGACGGCGCAGAGUUUCCUGGAGUCGUCGACACGUACCGACGCCGUGCGUCUCGAGCUGGAACAGCUCUCGUUCAUUACGGAAGAGAAUGGCAAGAAGAAGGACAAGAAGCGUAAGAAACGCCAAGUUAGUGCGCUAGUGGACCGUCAGGAUCAGUUCGAGGCGGGCUCGAUCGAGGGCCACCGCGAGCUGGUGAAGCUCCCGCCGGAGUUCCGUGCCGUGCCGUGCAAGCCGCUGCUGUUUGACGUGGCGUUCAACGAACUGGAGUUCCCCGACCUGACGGAGCGUACUAAAACAGACGCGGAGAAGGCUGCCGAGGCUGCAGCUGCAAGCAACGAGACGGGCGGCGGCUUCUUCGGCUGGUUCCGCAAGUAG